AUGUCCGCCCUCUCGGCUCCAGAUGCACCCCUUCAGAUUGAAUGGCAGCCGGUGCCCCUCCAGCUUGAUGCCACCGGGCAGACACAGCUUGUCAAGAAGCCCAGGACCGCUCUACAGACCUACAUUCCCGGCUGUGAGCCUGCCUGGCAGGAUACCGACGAGAUUUCCGUCCAACAGUUCUUCACAGAGCUCCAGACCUACCUCCAGCACAGCCUGCAGAAUCAGUUGACCCGGGGCAGUCAGGCCCUACUCCUUGUACAAGAACGCCAGGCAGCACAGAAUGCUCUGAUGGCGGAAGCUCUUGAGUACAUGAGAAUGGAGGUCAACUCUGUUCAGGAAGAACUCCGGAAGUAUGUGGAGAAAGAUGAGCUGAAUGCCGAUGCCAUGGAGAUUGAGUGGACAAACCCGGCUACUCCACCGGACUUUGUGGCCGAGAUACAGAGAGCCCUUGAUGAAGGAAGACUGGUGGUAGCUAGACCAGCAACUCCGGCACCAAAUCCAGUCUCCAGGUCCUCUUCCAGAGCAGCUACCAGGACAAUGCAGCGGAAGGCCAGCCCCUUUGCAGCAUUUCCGGUCAGAUCCACUAGGAGAGUUAUUCCUAUUGUGCAGCCAGCGGUGGGAGCUUCACCCUUACCACCUAGCCGCUUCGGUGGAGUACACCCACUCCUUGGAGGAACUGACCGAUCCUUUGACUAUGAAGGAGAGUUCUUCUCAGGUGCAGGCCGAGGACCACCCAGUCCACUAGCCAGGAAUCCAGGAAGGUUCACCAUGUCCGGGGCCGCUCAACCAGCAGCAACCUCACCAUUGGCCAGCAAUGUGGCACCGGUAGCACCUGUGGCCCCUCCUGCUGUGGCCGCCGCUCCCCCUCCGGCUCAGGCACAGGGUGGAAGUAGUGGGAACCAGAACCCUCCGGCCCAAGCACAGGGUGGAAGUGGUGGAAACCAGAACCCCCCACCUCCUGUGGCCCGUGCUCCUGCUCCUGGAGACUCAGACAGUUCUGAUAGCUCCGAUUCGGAACCAGAAGGUGGUGAUAGAAGAGGCUGGCGGAGAUAUCUCAAGAAGAAGUUGGAGAAGCAGCAGAAGAAUCUGUUGGCUAUGAUGUCCCAGCAGUUCCAACCUCCGACCGCCUCUCCCUCUUCCUCAACAACCAGGGCCCGAGAACCAAAGGCACCACCACCCUCCAAGUUCCAGGGCAAAGCGGAGCAAGUGGAGACCUUUAUCCGGCAAUGUGAGAAUGUGUUCUCCAUUGAGAGUCUGUCCUUCACCUCCGAGGAGGUUAAGAUUCGAUAUGCAGGCAACUUGAUGGAAGGAGAGGCAGCGAUCCGAUGGUAUGAAGCAUACCAUAAUUCGAUUGAUCAAGCCUCCGCCAACCGCCUUGCUGGAAUGCCGGUGUCAUUGGAUCUGAGAUGGAAGCGUUGGGAUUCCUUUGUGGAUGCUUUUAGAGCUGCCUUCGGUGAAGCCAUCUCCCGAGAUGAUGCUGUAGCCCAAUGGAAUGCCCUAACCCACACGGCUCGAGGAGGAAUAGACCUCUUCCUGAAUACUAUUAUUCAGCUGAUGUGGAAGACUGGCUAUGAGGGUCAGUUGGUGGAUGAUAAGAUUCACAAUUCCCUCCUCCCGGACCUAGGCAUGAGUUGGGCCCUUUUUAAUCCCAAGCCAAAGUCCUUGAUGGAGCGGAUAGCUGCUCUAAGAGAAUUAGGGCACACACAUGAAAGGUACCAAGGGAUGGCAGCUGAGAAAGCGCACCCUCGGACCAAGAAAGAUCCUCCUGCUCAGAAGGACCAGCAGCCUAAGAGGAAAAGAGAAGCUGCAAGCUCCUCCGGACCUCAGAAGACUCCUGGACCUAAAGACAAAGCGGUGGAACUGAAGGGUAUCCCGGGGGAUAUUCUAGAAGAAAGAAUGAAAGCAGAAGUAUGCUUGAAGUGCGGCAAGUCCAGACACAAAUGGACCGAUUGUUGGUCCAAGCAACCCACUGUUGUUCGAGUGGCAGCAGUGAGAGUACAAAAGCGGAAAAGAGGGAAGGGUAAUUCCAACUCUCAGAAGAAGGCUAAAGUGGCUGCUGUAGUAGCAGAAGAUCCACUUGUUGUACUCCCGGAGGUUACAGAAGAUUUUGUUUUCCAGCCUGAGCAAGACUCGGACAAUGAAAUCAUCUGGUAG